AGAGGGGCUUGAGCAACCCCAAUGUCUGAGCAUGUGCCCCUGGGAGCCAGCUCAGCUUGCUGCAGCACGUGGGAGAGGUGAGGGGAGGAGAGGGCAGCUCAGGCCAUGGCUCAGUGUGGGGCUGCAGCGGCCCCUGGGUGCCCUGGGCUGUGCCCAGAGGAGGAAGGUCGUGCCCAGCCAGCUCCCUGCCCACCGUGUGCCCACAUGUGCAGUGCUGACGCAGUGACCACGCUGCCACAGCCCAGCCUGGACCUUGCAGCUGUCAGGGAACAUUCCGGACCAAACACGGGCACUCCACGUGGCACGUUCAGCCCCCACUGGUGCUGUGCUGGCCAGAGCUGCACCUGGAACCUUGGGCAGCACGGGCACAGCCUGUGCCAGAGCCUUGGGAGCACGGGCACAGCGUGUGGCAGAGCCAGCUGCUGGCACUGCAGUCACACAGCUGGGCAGAAGUUGGGCUCCCCCAGCCUGGCCCCAGUCCUUCCCUGGAAAGCCAGCCCCUUUGCAGUUCACAUCCCAGUGGUGCUGCCGGCAGGGCUGUACAGAGCAGCACCCUGAGCAUUGUCAGACCAGGCAGAAUGCAGAACCCUGCAGUGCCCAGGCAGCUCUGCUGCCCUGCCCUGCCCCAGGUCCACACAGUGACUUUGGGGCUGGGGAUUUAUCCACAGGGCAGGGCAUGCAGCAGUGCUGGGACCGUGUGGCACAUCUGGCAGAGUCCUGACCUGUGGCAUGUGCACCUGGCACUGCACAAACACACUGGGGUACUGGGCUGAGCCACUCUGUCCUCUGUGCUGGGAGGGAGGAGGUGGCUGCUUCCAUCCUGCUUCCUGCUCUCUCCCCAUUAUGGCCCCAGUUUUCCUGCAGUGACUUUUUCCUAGGGGACUGGAGUGCUAGUCCCCAUCCCCCAGCACCUUUUGCCCCAUUUUCUGCUGUGAAAUCUCCUGGGAAGGAUUUAUUGCUGAUGGUUUCAAAAUAUUUUUGGAACAGAAGCCAAGUCUGUUGCAUUCCUUCACGUUGGCCAAAGUCACUCUCAGUUGAAGACCCUGGAAUGAGCUGUUAGGGAAUUUAUUUUGCAAGAGUAAUUAUGUUUCUGUGCAAACUUCUUUUGUGUUGGGAUAUUUUGCUGGUCAGGAGCUCAGUCCAGGGUCUGGGACCACCUUCCUUGGGUGCAGCACAGCCAGGCUGGAUGGGACAUGCCUGCAGCAGGGCUGAGUCUGUGUCUGUGGCCUUUGCUUGCUCUCCUCCCAGGCCAUCCAUGCCCAUAUCCCAGGGAGCAAGGUUUGCUGGUGUUUUGCCUGUCAGACCCCAUGGAUCUGCAUGGCCAGAGGGGCAGGAUGGGGCCUGUAACUCCUGCUGUUUGUCAGCAGGACUCAGGACUGGACACAGCUCUCACAGAGACAAACAACCUAGGGCAGGGGUUCAAGGAUCCUGACAUGAAUUUUCUCAGGAGGGAGAUAAGUGAUGCAUUUCACUGGCUGUUGAUCAUUAAUGCCCUGCUGCCUGCUCAGCUCUGGUGGGUGCUGGCUGGGCACCCUGUGCUGCUGCCACAGGGCUGUGUCCAGGCACUGGCAGUUGUGGGUGACAAAGAUGCAGUGCCAGCACUGCUAGCAGGGACAGCAGAGUGCAGCUGGGGUGGAGGGGAUGCCAUGGGCACCGCAGGAUGAGUUCUGUGUUUGGCUCUGUACUCACAGCUGGGGUCUGAUGGGGCAGGAGGGAUUAACCCAGUGGAGCAGUGCUGGGAGAAGAAAUGCAGUCUCUGUUUGCAAAGGUCCUUCAGCCCCCACUAGAGAUCAGAAGAACACGACUGGCAGCCAGGAGAAUCCCAGGCCUGGCUGUCUGGGACUGCAGGGACCUCCAGGAACGGCUUUGAAAGUUUCCCAUUAUGCAAAGUCCUGGUUAAAUUAGCCUGGCAAAUGAGGAGGGGGGUGGGCAGUCUGCCCUCUGCUCCAUGCACCCACAGCAUGCUCCUGGGCAUCCCUGCCAUGCUCUGGUGGUGGUUCACAUGGGGAUGGCAGAGAGACCAGAGCAAUUGUCAGCCCUGGACGUGGCAGCUCUGCAGGACUGUCACACACAGAGUGUGGGAUAAUGGAGCAAGGGCUGUGGGUCAGCCAGAGCAGUGAGCUGUUGUCCUGGCUAGCUGGAGGAGCCAGCUGCAGGAUCCCCCUGCGUGAGGGGAUGGUGAGGGGCAGGGGAUGGUGCUGGGGUUGGAGCACUGCGCUCCACGUGCCCUCGAAACCUGUUUUCCCCUUUUACGUAAGCUGUUCCAAACAUGUUUGUUACAACCCCCUGGUGAUGUACCUUUGGAAAGAGUGGUUUUGGGUCCAAAGAUCAGUGCUGGGACAGUGACCUGCCCGCUGCAAACAAGACCCUGCAGAGUAUAAAACCCCAGUGGCACAGUGGAGUACGGGACAGCCAGAGGCACGCCGAGGGCAGGGAGGAGGAUGGAGGCCAACAUGAACCUCCUGCAUGAUGUGGGCAUCCAGACCACACACUGGCUGCAGCAACGCUUCCAGGGCUCCCAGGACUGGUUCCUCUUCAUCUCCUAUGCUGCUGAUCUCAGGAAUGCUUUUUUUGUCCUCUUCCCCAUCUGGUUCCACUUCAGUGAAGCAGUGGGCAUCAGGCUCAUCUGGGUGGCUGUGAUCGGAGACUGGCUCAACCUCGUCUUCAAGUGGAUUCUCUUUGGGGAGAGACCAUACUGGUGGGUCCUUGACACAGACUAUUAUGGCAACAACUCUGCACCAGAGAUCCAGCAGUUCCCGCUCACCUGCGAGACUGGCCCUGGGAGCCCAUCUGGCCAUGCCAUGGGUGCAGCAGGCGUGUACUAUGUCAUGGUGACAGCCCUCCUUUCUGCUGCUGGGGGAGAGAAGCAGUCAAGGACACUGGGAUACUGGGUGCUGUGGGCAGUGCUUUGGAUUGGGUUCUGGGCAGUUCAGGUCUGUGUCUGCAUGUCCCGAGUCUUCAUUGCUGCUCACUUCCCCCACCAGGUGAUUGCAGGGGUUUUCUCAGGGAUGGCUGUGGCCAAGACCUUCCAGCAUGUCCGCUGCAUCUACCAUGCCAGCUUCCACCGGUACCUGGGCAUCACCUUCUUCCUCUUCAGCUUCACCCUGGGUUUCUACCUGCUGCUGUGGACAUUCGGCGUGGACCUGCUCUGGACGCUGGAGAAGGCACAGAAGUGGUGCAGCAACCCUGAGUGGGUCCACAUUGACACCACUCCCUUUGCCAGCCUCCUCCGUAACCUGGGCAUCCUCUUCGGGCUGGGGCUGGCCCUCAACUCCCACCUGUACCAGGAGAGCUCCCAGUUAAAGCAGGGCCAGCAGCUGCCCUUCCGCCUGGGCUGCAUCGCUGCCUCCCUCCUCAUCCUCCACGUCUUCGAUGCCUUCAAGCCUCCCUCCCACACGCAGCUGCUCUUCUACGCCCUCUCCUUCUGCAAGAGUGCUGCCGUGCCGCUGGCUACUGUCGGCCUCAUCCCCUACUGCCUCUCCCAGCUCCUGGCCACACAGCACAAAAAGGCUGCCUAAGGCACCCCGACACCCCAGGGGUGUCUCAGGGGCAGCUACCAAGCCCUGGGUGCACCUCAGCCACUGUUUGCCUCCCGCUGAGUCUGCACAGGCUGAUUCUGCACUGGGAGCAGACCAUGGAGGCCGGGCUGGUGGUGCUGCUGGGUGGCUCCCACAACACGGACCCACAGUGCCAGUCACGCUGGGCUGGGGCUGGCACAGAGUGCCCUGCAUGCCCACGACUCCCCUGCUGUCCCUCCUGCACCCACAGGUUGGGGUCACCUGCCCAGGACGCAGCAGAGGGAGGUGCUGCGCUCCCUUGCAGCCCCUGGGGACAGGCCACCUCUGUGCUGCAGGGCUGGGGACAGCACCACUGGCAGCAGGGCUCUCACCUCAGUGUGUCUGGGGUCUGCUGAAGAGGCAGCUCUGUGACAGGAAUGGACAGACUGUGACACGGAGAUCAAGUGCCAGUGUGAGGGACCCCCAGCCCUGGGACAUUUGGUGUUCACCUCUGUGUGAUCAGUGUGGGGGGCACUCACACCCAGGCGUGCACAUGCAUUACACGGAUCUGUGCACACAUCACAUGGGGUGGCUGGGGUGUGAACAGGAGGUGUUUUAUUAAAGCUGAAGGUUGUUUAGCUGGCGAGUUUGAGUGUCCUGCUGGCCUGCACCAUGGGAUGGGGAUCAGCUCCUGGAUACAGGGCUGUGCCAUGGC